AUGGCUGCAGUUCGCCCAGCCCAAAUGCUCGCUGCCCUGUCCAUAGUUGCCGGAGCAGUUGCAUCCAACAUCACUGCUCUUUUGCCCCAUCUUUCCUCGUCCAGCGAAGUGUUCUAUCCCAACGAUGCAGACUGGGGCGAUAUCAUCCAGCGAUGGACUGCCUGGGAUGAGCCCACUUUCUCACUGGCUAUCAAGCCCGGCUCAGUCGCCGAUUUGCAGACGGUUGUCAAAUACGCCACCAGUCAGAAUCUACCAUUCUUGGCCAGCGGAGGUGGCCAUGGAUAUAGCACCUCAUUCGGGGCUCUUCAGCAGGGGCUUCAAAUUGAUAUGGGAUCGUUCGACAGUAUCCAAAUUGAUGCUGAGAAGAGCACGAUGACCAUCGGUGGUUCCGUUAAGUUUUCACAAAUUAUGGAGCCUCUCUUCAAUGCUGGAAAGGAAAUUCAAACCGGAUCCUGCCCCUGCGUGGGCAUGGUAGGGGCAACUCUCGGUGGCGGAGUAGGGCGCUAUCAGGGUCUGCACGGUCUGAUCAUCGACGCGCUGGAGUCCGUGGAACUUGUCACUGUGAAGGGCGAUCUCAUCACUGUGUCGGCUACGGAGAACGCAGACCUAUUCUGGGGCCUGCGCGGCGCCGGCUUCAACUACGGCAUCGUCACCUCGGCCACAUAUAAGGUGUAUGAUCUCACCAACAAGGGCAACGUACUCAAUGCCGACUUCAUGUUCCCUGCCGAGCUCAACGAGACCUACUUCGAGAUUCUGGCUAGCUAUGACACCCUCCCAGCGGCGUUGUCAUUGUACACCUUGGUGAUGAACGAUGCUGCCGCAGGACCCGUGAUCCUUUUGAACGCCGUGUACCCUGGUCCCGAGCAAGAGGGUCUCGACCUCCUGGCCCCAUUCCUCAAACUCACCUAUCUCGAGCGCAACAUCUCCAUGAUUACCUGGGAUGCGGUCGACGCCGACGCCGGUUUUGGUCUUGCCACGGCCUUCUGCAUCAACGGCGAGAAACAUGACAUGUGGUCCCUCGGCGUCCGCACCAUCGACGCAGCCACCCACAUCGCCUACUUCAACCAACUCGCACAAUUCUGGUCGGAUUACCCGGCCGCGUCUGGGAGCACUUGGCAGGUGGAAUACUUCCCUGUCCAAGCUGUGACGGCCGUGGCCGAUGCAUCGACUGCCUAUCCCCAUCGAGAAAUCCGUGCUCAUGAGUAUUUCCUCCCCCUCUUAUCCUUGCGCACAUCUGCAGAUAACGGCAGACGCAUGACUGACCCUGCAUUUAUGAUUAGAAUGUUCUCCUUCAACCUCACAGAUUCUUCCAUCGGAACAUCUGUCGAUGACUUUGCCCUUACAGCCCUAGAGACCUUCAACGCGACCAGCGGGUUCGACGAUCUUCAUAUCUACGUCAGCUAUGCGCACGGAACAGAGGGACUGGACCCUAUGUAUGGAUCCGAGAAAUUGUCGCGCUUGUUGGCGCUGAAGAAACAGUGGGAUCCCCAGGGCUUCUUCAGCUACAACAACGGGUUGCCGCACUGA